AUGAUACGUUCGAGGCUUUUCUCAGCGAGAUCCUGGCCGGUGUUGGAGGGCGUGGGUUGCUGGACACCAUUGGCACGAGUGUUUCCCAGGCCCAGGCGGCUCCUUCCCCAGCACGCUUCUCCCAGGCUGCUCUCGGUCAGCUGUGCGGACUGCACCAAGCACCAGGAACCCCCCAGCAAGAAGCUGCUCUCAGAGAAAAAACUGAAAAGGCAUUUUGUGGACCAUCGCCGAGUGCUUGUCCGAGGGGGACGCGGAGGUGACGGGGUGAGCUGCUUUCACAGUGAGCCCCGGAAGGAGUUUGGAGGCCCCGAUGGUGGCGACGGAGGCAACGGCGGCCACGUCAUCCUGAGAGUUGACCGGCAAGUCAAGUCCCUGUCCUCAGUCCUGUCUCAGUACCAGGGCUUUGACGGAGGAGCCGGCGGCAGGAAGAACUGCUUUGGGCAAAGCGGCGCCGUCCUCUACAUCCAGGUCCCCGUGGGCACUUUGGUGAAGGAGGGAAACAAAGUCCUGGCUGACCUCUCGCACCCGGGUGACGAGUUCAUCGCAGCGCUGGGCGGGGCAGGCGGGAAGGGCAACCGCUUUUUCCUGGCCAACAGCAACCGAGCGCCCACGACUUGUACCCCCGGACAGCUGGGUCAGGAGCGGGUCCUCUUCCUGGAGCUCAAAACGGUGGCACACGCUGGGCUGGUCGGAUUCCCCAACGCAGGGAAAUCCUCGCUUCUCCGGGCCAUUUCCAACGCAAGGCCCGCUGUGGCCUCCUACCCAUUCACCACCCUGAACCCGCAUGUGGGGGUUGUUCACUGCGAGGACCACCAACAAAUAGCAGUGGCCGACAUCCCGGGCAUCGUCCGCGGAGCCCACCGGAACCGGGGCCUGGGCUUGGCCUUCCUGAGGCACAUCGAGCGCUGCCCCUUCCUCCUGUUCGUGCUGGACCUCUCGGUGCCAGAGCCGUGGACGCAGCUGGAGGACCUGAAGUACGAGCUAGAACAGUACAGGGAAGGCCUGUCCGAGAGACCCCAUGCCGUCGUGGCAAACAAGGUCGACCUCCCUCAGGCCAGAGCCCAGCUGCCCCAGCUGCAGGCCCGCCUAGGCCGAGAGGCCAUCGCCCUGUCGGCGGCCACCGGUGAGAACCUGGAGGGGCUGCUGCUGCAUCUGAAGGAGCUGCACGAUGACUACGUGGCCGUGGAGCUGGAGCGGGGCCGCCAGCCUCUGCGGUGGUAG